AUGGCGUCUCCCCCUGUGGCCACGCAGGCCACCAGCUCUGCGCCCCAAACCACGGUGGCCGAAGAAACCACUGCCGAUGGAGAUACGCACAUUGCUGCGUUGGAAGCUGAAGCUAUCGAUGAUGACGAUGGAGACUCUGCCCUUGGAAUUACCGACGAUCAAUUGUCCUCUGAGUCAUUACGGUCUAGCAUUUACCAUUAUCAUAUGGAAAACGGUCGCAAGUAUCAUUCGCUAAGCCAAGGAAAAUAUAUCCUGCCAAAUGACGAGGAGGAGAAUGACCGGCUUGAUAUCCAAAACCACCAUUUUCGUGUCACAUUUGAUGGACGCCAAUACUUUGCCCCAGGCGCAGAUAGUGCCAAGCGCGUUCUUGAUGUUGGAACCGGAACUGGUAUAUGGGCUAUUGAGUUUGCUGAUGAUCAUCCCGAUGCCACGGUCAUUGGAGUUGAUCUUAGCCCAAUCCAACCUGAAUUCGUCCCUCCCAACUGCCAAUUCGAAGUCGAUGAUCUGGAGAAAGAGUGGACAUGGACGAAGCCAUUUGAUUACAUCUUCAGCCGCAUGAUGAUCAUGAGCUUCGCGAGCUGGGACAACUACUUGGUGCAAGCAGAUAGGCACCUGGUACCUGGCGGGUGGAUUGAAAUGAUUGAUAUCUACUUCCCAGGUGAUUCCGACGAUGGGACCUUGACAGAGGAUCUGAAUCUCUUCAAAUGGAACGAGUACAUGCGCAAGGCUAGUGUUGAGCUCAGCCGUGAUUGGAUGGAGGUGCAGAACCACAAGAAGCGACUCGUCGACUUUGGGUACCAGAAUGUUCAACAGAAGAACUUCAAGUGGCCUAUCAAUACCUGGCCAAAAGACAAGAAGCACAAGGAGGUCGGACUGUGGACCCUUGCUAACAUCGAGGCCGGCUUGGAGGGUCUGUGUAUGGCUCUAUUUACGAGAGGCCUGGGAUGGACUAAGGAGGAGGUGGUGUCUUUUGUCGCCGCUGUUCGCAAGGAGAUGAGAGACCCCCGUAUUCAUGCCUACUGGCAGAUCGUUGUUAUUUAUGGACAAAAGCCAUAUGAUAAGUAA